AUGGUGAAUACAACAGAGCCGACACCAAAGCAACCUGCAGUCAAGUUGAAGGGCGCAUGCGAGCAAACUGUUGCCUUUCAGUCCUUACGAUACCAUUGGAACGAGGACGAUAUCGUCAAGCUUCAUUAUGCCGAAGCCAGUCGUGAAAAGUUGCGUGCGCAAGCCAGGAGAGAGUUUGAUUGGGCGGAGUUUAGGAGACAGCGAGAAACGAACAAACUGGCUCUAUUUGAGGAAGAUGAAAGUGAACGCGGCUCGCUUCCAAAACCAGGCUUGUUGCGAGAGUCUCAAAUGGUGAUGGGUUCACCAGGAGCGUUUGUUCCGAUGGCUGCAUUGGCAACCGCCUGGGACACUUACCAGAUCCCAGGAGCUGUUUCUCACGAUCUGGACUUGCUGCGAAAUCACUCUUCCCUCUCGACUGACUUUAAUCUGCCCGGAUGGACAGAGAAAAUAGUCCAAGGGCUUCAUUCAGGGGUUCAGUACGGUCUAGAUUCUUCCAUACAGGCAGCUGAUCAGCAGACAACAGCCUUAUAUCAACCAAAUUCGCACGCCCUCUUCUCUCCUCUGGUCUCGCCUUUCGCGGGCACGCCCUUUGACAUGACCACUUCCAUGGGCCCAGCGAUUAAUAGUGCCAUUUCACCCGAUAGCUUCGCAACUUUUGUCGACCCCAUGAUAGAAAGCUUAUCUAUCAGCACCUGGACUCAACUCGUGAGCCCAUCAGAAGAUCCGUACGCCAAAUCUCGGCUGUUUGACAAUUCAGAAUCCUCGAAUAAUGUUCUCUCUGCCCAAGGUUCAGAACAGGAAAGUGAAUGCGGUUUGAUCAAAUUCGAUCAUCGAUGUGUAAGAUGCCGUAUGAGGAAGAUAAAGUGCACAGAAGAUUGUUGUCAGCCGAUGUCGAUUCGUUCUCUUUGCGUCCGCGCAUCUUUCGAAAAUAAUCAGAUUUUCUACAAAUGGGACAACACUGCCUACAAGCAUCUUAUCCGUUGGCAUGGCAUAGAACGUUUGGUAGGAGACGGUUUACGAUACUUCGAUCUGUUUCAUUUCAGCGGCGGUGCAUCUUUCAGUGUCUUUGGUGAGACAUUCACACCGUCGGACUCAGAGCAAGAAAGGGUCUGGGAGAAGAGGAAAGAUGGCUGGGCGUCUCAAUCGACGGACGCAGUGCGCCUGCAACCCGGAUCGCAUGGAGAUUUAAGCGCCUACAUUUCGAGUUGCAGGACAUCCUGUGUGCAAGAAUCUCCCAAAGACACUGUUCUCCAACAGCUGUGGCCACAGUUUACAGCUGACCGCAGUCUUCCCAUGUUGGCAGCCACAUUCGACCUUUGGACUGCCAACCGCAUGUUAAUGAAGGGCUGGCAAACCCUUCGGUCGACGAGAGUGCUCAAUAUGUGUCACAUGCCCUGUCACAACCCGGGCCCGACGCCACGUGUGCUGCAAAAUCAACUGGACCAGAUGCUGGAAGAAUACAUCGUGACACAAGAGAGGGUGCUACUGAACCGCUUUCACGAAGCAAUCUUCAAGAAGAAAAUCAGCUCAACACUCUACGUCCUCUUGACUAUUGUUCUUCUCUUGAAGGUGGUUGAAAAGCACAUUUGA